AUGAGGCAAAAAACUACAGCUUGUAUCAUGAAUGUUGAAAUAAAUACGGCCGCAGAUGCUUUGCUAAAAGCUGCCCGCAUCGAAACAUCCAACCGACUGUGCAAUUUUGAGGUUGAUAGCACUAGCAGCGUUUGUGAAAUCGAGGAAAAGGUAGCUGAAGGCCAGGCGAUUGAAUACGAAGAUGAUGCCUCAGAAGAAAUAAGUAAUGUCUCUGAAGUCGAGAAUGAUUCGGAAGUAGAUAAUGAACGACCUCAUGUUUCUCCUAACCUAGCUCAAGCCCAGUUGGUAUUAAAUUUGGGACUGCAUAUCGACCAUUCGCACGGCAAUGUUAAUGAAAGUUUACGCAAUCCAACUGUUUCUGAGUACUUGGGAGAAAAUACAACUACCUCCUUGCUCGAGCUUAAAAUUCCAAAUAAUGGGUCAUUUAAAUCACCAAAGCAUUUAACUUCAGAUGAUUUUGAUGAUAAAUGCCUUAAUUCAUCUGAAACCCUCGAAGAUCACGCAGAUAAGACUAAGAAUAUGCAAUCUUUAAUAAAAGUUGAAACUCGCAAACGAAAGCGAUCAAUUAUGGACGGAGCUGGAUCCGAAAAUACAGGUGGAUCCAUCAGUAAGCAUCGUGGUUCUCCCAUGAGCCCUGAGUAUCAAUCUGCCGCCCAAGACAGAAUAAAUUCCAUCAGGCAACCAGAUAAGCUUCACGAUAAAACUAUAACAAACGAAGAGAUCAGAGCAUUAGAUAAUGUCGUUGAUAUAAACAAGGUUGAGGAACCAGUUCUGGAGUUACGCGUAUCCCCUUGUUCACCUGAGAGACGAGAGAACAAGAAGAAGAGCUCUUUCAACCAAGGAAAGUCACAUCAAACGAAGGACUCUGGAAAUGUUGAUUGUUACGAAGAUACUGUCAACGACAUUGAUACUAAGAAUAAUGACACCCCAACACCGAGUAAUGAUGAUGAUGAAGCAGAGACCAUUUUAAAGAAUGAAGAAACUGAGAAAAAAAGAAUUGCAUUAUACCAGCUGUACAACAUAGAGCAACAAUUUUUGAUAUUUCGAGACAGACUCUUUGAGGAACGGAUGGAACAAUUAAAUAAAGAAGAAUUAAUGCUAAAGCAAACCCAACCUUCCCAUCCUGAAUAUCUUGCAAUGCUGCAAUGCCUUGAUUUACGAAGAAAUGAAAAAUUACGAAUUGCAGGAAAAUUACGUGAUUUUGAGUUACAGAGUCUCAAAAAAGUUGCGGUCGCACAAAGGAGUCAGAUUUUGGUACAAUUCAAGCAAGAAGUUCGAGAAGUUCGAGAAAAAAAGAUAGAACAAAUAGGCGAGCAAUGGUACAAAAUCCAGCACGAUCGUAGAAAUUGCGCCAGCGCUUCCCCAGAGUUUUCACUGAAAUUUCCAACAAAGAAAUCACAGCAAGUGAUUAAUCAUAUUGCCUACAGCAAUGAAGUAUCAAUACUAGCCGGCAUUGCAAAACAUGUCGGAUUUCCCGCCGCACCUAUAAUGGCCCCUGCAACAGCUUCAGAGCUUGAAGAUGACUUGGAAAAGAUGAGCGCAUCUAAACAGAUAACGCAGUUAGCUGCAUCUCUACCUUUUCACGACUUGGCUGGAUUGCGUACUAUAAGCGCCACGUCCAAAUUCAAACCAGGGGAAGAGCAGUUUGUUGAGCGGACGCAAUGGACAAAUCCGCAUUUUCCUCUACACGGACAUAUCGUUCAGAGACAGGUUAUGGCUCCGCAGCUUCCGCGUACGAGUAGCCCCAUAACUCAAGCAUAUCCGCGACGAAACCCCCAUCAGCAUGGAGUGGGUCCAUUUCCGGGUAUUUUUUCUAACCCGGCCAUCGUGCAACAGUCACCUGGGAAUAUCUAUCCACUUCAUGUCCCAACUCCGAAUCCUCCAAUACCAUCAAAUAAUCAAAAUUAG